AUGAUGAUGAUGAUGAUGAUGAUGCCCAUGAUGUAUCUCCCACACAAGUAAUCAAUAAGGAACCACCAAAGGCUACCUUUGGUGCCAAUCUGAUUCAAAUAAAGAAUAGUUUUAUAACACCAACAAAUUCCUUCCGCGAUCCACCAACAGUACCUAAUACUCAAGAUACAACUCCCAAAUUAACUUCAAAACCAGUGUUUGGUGCUACUACCUCAUUUGGUAAAUCAAUCAUGGAUAAUUUAAAAAGUAAACCAAGUGUAUUUGAUACAUUACCUUCUAAAUCAGAGUCACCUAAUAAUGAUACAAAAGCUACAAGUAUAACAUCCUCAUUUGGAUCCAACAGUAAAUUCGGAAAUGCAUUUCAAAAUUCACUUUCAAAGAAAUCAUUCUUAGAUCAACCUGCUGAAAACAAUGAUGAAUCUGAAACUAAAUCAGUUUCCGUUCAACAAUUUAAACAAGUUGAUCUUGAACCUAUUAAAAAUGUAACUACUGGUGAAGAAGAUGAAAUUUCUCAUUUCUCAUCUACAGCAAAGAUUUUUGAAUUAGAUUUCACCAAAAUAUCAGAAGGUUGGAAAGAAAGAGGUGUAGGUCCAUUGCAUUUAAAUCAAUCUAAAGCUGAUAAUGCCAAAGUUAGAUUGGUUAUGAGAUCACAAGGGUUAUUAAGGGUGGUGUUGAAUCAUAGAAUACAGCCAAAUACUGAAUUAUUAAAAGGAUUGGAAGCAAGUUUAACUCCAGGAAAGUUCCUUAGAUUAAACUCCAUAAGAGAAGAUGGAACUCCAAUUCAAUAUUUAUUAAAGUUCUCCAAUCAAGCUUUAAGAGAUAGUUUAAUAGAAAAAGUCGAAGAAUUGAAAAGAGAUUAUAUAGUUUAAGUUAACUUUUAAUAUAUAUAUAUUAGG